GGGCUUCCGCCGGGUCAGCUGACCGCCCAGUGCGGAACUGCGCUCCCGCCGCCGCCGGCCGGAGCCCCGUGCUGCGCGCGCUCCGGGUCUUGGCUGUCAUGGCUGGGCUCGUGGUCAGUGGAACUCAAGUGUCCUACAUAGGCCAGGACUGCAGAGAAAUUCCAGAACACCUUGGCAGGGACUGUGGACAUUUUGCAAAAAGGCUGGAUCUGAGCUUCAACCUUCUGAGAGAGAAGAAACAUUCUCACUUUCCCAAGUAUUCAGGAUUCUCUAAAUGUUCUGAGUCACUGGAAGGACUGAGCGCAUUCAGGAGCCUGGAGGAACUCAUCUUGGACAACAAUCUGCUCGGGGACGACCUGGUGUUGCCAGGGUUACCCCAGCUCCACACCUUAACCCUCAACAAGAACCGAAUCACUGACUUGGAGCGUCUGCUCGAUCACCUGGCAGAAGUGACGCCAGCUCUGGAAUACCUCAGCCUGCUGGGUAAUGUUGCAUGUCCCAAUGAGCUGGUCAGCUUGGAAAAGGAUGAGGAAGACUACAAGCGAUACAGAUGCUUUGUUCUGCACAAGCUGCCUAACUUGAAGUUUCUGGAUGCCCGGAAAGUAACCAGACAAGAAAGAAAAGAGGCAUUGGUCAGAGGGGCCUUCAUGAAGGUGGUGAAGCCCAAGACAGCCGGUUCAGUGACCGUUGUGCAUCUAUGGACAGCCAGCCAGGGCUUCCAGACCUCGCCAGCACAAGCAGGAAUGAUGGCUUCAAAGAUGGGGUCCCAGCUUCCAGUGGGGACCUUGCUGCCUCUGCCUCUCCUGAGAUGCACCACUACACACCCCUGCCUUCUGCUUCCAGAGAACUCACCAGUCACAGAGGAGUCCUGGGGAAGUGUCGCUAUGUUUACUACGGGAAAAAUUCAGAGGGCAACAGGUUUAUCCGAGAUGACCAGCUCUGAAGCCAAGUUCUGUAUGCCUUAGCCUAUUUCAUGAAAAUAAAAAGGGAAAGCAAAAAUAAAGAAAGAGCUAAAGAGAAAACAAUGGCCCACGUUGCAUCUCUGCGGGAAGGCUGUGACUUCAGCUCUUGGUACCUUGUGCUGACUUUGCCAGGCCCGUCAAGAUCAUCCUUCUGCCUUAGACUGAGUGGUCACAGAGAGAUUGACAUGAUUGCCCUUAAGCAGGUCUCAUCCACCAGGGUGACAGACAGCAGCGGCGAAGCACCAGGGUUGACAGCAUGAACACCAUGAUAGAUUGCCUGGUCCCUCCACUGCUCACAGGGGAGCAGAGGUCACACCUGGGGCCUCCCUGAGCAUGCUCAGUGACUGCCAUCUAGUGAGAGAGACUGUCUUCAGCUUGCCUACUGAGUCAAGACCCCUCUGACAUCAUUGUGCUGUGGGUUUAUUUUUAGUGGGAUUGUCACAGUUAGGGGGAGGAUGCUCUCCCUUUUUCCCCUUAAAUCUUAGCCUUUAUGUUCUGCAUAGGUACAGGUCCCUCCUCCCUCACUGCUCCCCAACCUUUAGCAUCAUGCAUUUCCAUUUGCAGUUUUUCAGAGAACAGAGGGAUAACUUCUCAGCCAGGUCAUACAUUGACAGCUAGAUUCUGGUAGUUACAAUCCCUACAUCAAAUAGCUUUUCCUAAACCUCGGACUACAAAAACAUGGCCUUUAUCUUACUUCAUUCAUUUUCAAAUCUUCUCUCCUGAAUAGGAUGUAGGGUGAGGCAUCCUUCCCAACACCCUUGGUUGCACCAGGGACUCUUUUUAACCACGCCCUUCUUCACUGUGCCUACGGCCCUCAUUGUGCAUGGGCUGGCUUGCUCCUUUGAGUGCCAUUUAAAAGUAGUGAGGUGAUGAAGGCAUGUGAUGGGUCAGGGGGUUGAAAAUCAAAAUGAAGACUGUAGAAAAUACCCACCAGACCCGACAGCUUUUAUAGACAGUGUAGACCUUUUGAAUGUCAUGUUUUUCUCUGGACCUCUCAGAAUUUAGAUGCAUAGCUUUUGAGAUGUUGCUACGUCUUUGUGCAUCCUUGGCUAUGUUCUAGCAUUAAUGUCACAAAGAAAAUACCCAUGAUCAUGCUACUCGGGUGACUAGCCUUUCUUUGAACUUCCUGGUUCACAAGUCAAAUCACCCUCAAAAAUGUGUGAAAGGCUGGUUUAACACUUAUUUUUGCCUCUUGCAUUUAGACAAGGUGUCCAUGGUCCUAGGACAACAAAGUCUGGAGGAGAACCAAAGUUACAGAUACCAAGUGGGUUACUAGAGAGUUGCUAUUGUGAAAGUCUUUGGGGACUCAGAAUCCCCCAGCUGCCCCAGAAGAACUUCCUUUCUCGACUCGACUCCGUUUACAUAGCCUCUGGCCUACUGAGUCAACACAGCCCUGGAAUGACAUGUAUUGAGGCUGGCAGGAGUCCCGCUUGUAGAUUACACAACCUCCAUUAAUCAGCUGUUCAGACCAGUUAACAUUAAAAUCCUUGAGACCAUUAAUAAUUAGAGAUUAUUGAAUGUUUGCCUUCAUCUCUCCAAUCCAUUAAUAACCAGAGCUGAGUACCUUCUCUCUGUUUGAUCUACAAAACAGCUUUAGGAUAAUGCUUUAAAUUAGCUGCAUUAGGUCCCACCCUGGUUCUUUGUUUAGAAGCAUCAGCAGGGGCUUCAUCCAUGGCAUAUUAUGGGCAGCAGAGCUCUGUGCAAGGGCAGCUAGACUAGUCUGAUGUCAUAUCCAAUCUAGCGGCACAUAUAUCCUUGUCUUUAUAAAAGGCUUUAACCCUGCCUCAAACAAUAAAAAAGCACUUGUGAACUGACCACAGAAUUUUUCCAUCUUUAUUUUUCUUACUUGUUUACUUUUCUUAAUGUCAGAACCAUUUGUAUCAUGUGCAGGAAUGUCUCCCUCCAUGUGAGCUUUUGGAGGCAAAAAAAAAAGAAAUAUUUUUGGAGUGAGUUAUUGACCACAUUGUUUCCCUCUCUUUGGGUUGUUUAUUUUCUUCCAGAAUGGUGUAAUAACUUUAAUUAAGAUUAGCUUUAAUUAUAAUUUACAUAAAGGCCAUCACUGUGGUAUAUUCAUCUUAUUGAUAGAAUUAUAGUUGAGUUUUGUUUCUCGUAAGCAGGGAUAAUGAUAAUGAAUUAGUGUUGGGUUGUUUACAAUUCCACUGUUUGUUAAGCAAGAUCUGCUGUGCUCGACUUUGGUCUGCAUCAGGAAGGGGAGGAAGCCGUGUUGCAUGUUUAUCUUAAAUCUGAAGGAAUUUCCCAAACCUUGUUUUUCAAAGUAGAAAAUUAAGGUAAUAAAUUCAAUCAAAGCUCA